AUGGCUCGAAUGUUGACGUUCUUUUCCCAGUUUGACUUUGUCUUACAUCAUGUGAAAGGACAAUCAAAUGUCGUGGCCGACGCUUUAUCUCGUCCUCCUGUGACUGGCGAGCAUUCCAACGAGCCCACGGUGCCUACGUCCCAUGUUCCAGAUCUGUCGCACGUUGUACAUGAGUGUACAGAGGAGUGUAAUCUUCCCUUUACUCUUUUGGACAAGCACAUGGUGCACUCUGUCCUCCUUCAGUACAUUCCGCUGGAUGUAUCCCAACUCUUACUUGACGAUGUGGAGUUGAGGAAGGAGAGUCGUCCGAUAGGAGUCGCUCAGGAGCAAAUCCAUAACGCCGAGUUUCACGUUGUGCGCGCACAUAUCAGCAAAAAAGUGCGGAAAGCGAUUCAGCAAGGAUAUCGCAAGGACAACUUCUUCAAGAAUAUCUGGGAAACCGAGCAGCCAAAUGACAAGUUCAUAAUUGACAAAGGACUCUUAUGUCUAAAGCAAGAUGAUGCAAUGCAGCAAAUAUGCAUUCCAGACAUGCCGGAAUUAAAGAUGAAGAUUUUAUAUGAGUUUCACGACGCAGCCACCGCAGCACAUCCAGGAGUUCGCAGAACUUACCUGAAGUUGAAGCAAUGGUACUACUGGCCGCAUAUGCUUGAGACGUUCGACAUCAUGGACUGCCAAAGGUAA